CUUCUCGCUCGCCUCAAAGUUUUCGAUUAAACAUCGCGACAACAGCCCGAGAGGGUAUCAUCACCAAAACAAUGUCGGGACCCAAGUACACGCCUGCUCCGCAGGAGGACCCCGAUGCCCACCUUUACUACCCGCAGCCUCCUCCGUCGUACCAAGCAACAGCCGAGAGCAGCGCAGCCAACGCCGUCCUCGGUGAUCAGGCUCGCCUUUUCUCUGGUGCUCCGCGCAGCAGUCAGGACGAUGAUCACGAUAUUCCCGAUGACUUCAAGUUCGGUGGUUCCGUCGCCGAAGCCACGGUUGAAAUUCGUCACCAAUUUAUCCGCAAGGUCUAUACCAUUCUGACGGUCCAGCUCAUCGCCACGGGCGCCGUGAGUGCGCUCAGCUUCCUCAGCGAUGGCUAUAGGAACUGGAUCCAGUCUCAUCCCGCCAUGAUUUGGGUUUCUUUCGCCGGCGCCCUCGUCUUCAUGCUCCUAACCUUCUGGAAGCGUCAAUCCUACCCCACUAACUUGUUGUUCCUCUCCGGCUUCACGUUGUUGGAAGCCUACACGAUCUCCGUGUGCGUCUCCUUCUUUGAUUCGACCACAGUGCUACUCGCAGUCGUCAUCACCGCCGGCAUCUUCGUCUUCCUCACAGCUUUCGCCUGCCAAACCAAGUACGACUUCACCUCCUGGAUUCCGUACCUCGGCGGCGCCCUUUGGGGUUUGAUUAUCACGGGCUUUAUCUACGUUUUUCUGCCGCACACGAGCACCUCGGAGCUGGUGUAUGGUGGUGUCGCCGCGCUGGUGUUCUCGGGGUACAUUCUGGUUGAUACCCAGCUGGUGAUGCGCAAGUACCAUGUGGAGGAGGAGAUUGCGGCAGCGAUUAGUUUGUAUCUGGAUAUCCUGAAUCUGUUUCUGGCUAUUUUGAGAAUUUUGAACAGUCAGUCGGAUAACUAGGAAGAAGACGGGUACGAGACGGAUUCAAGCUGAUAGGUUUGGAAAAACAUUUCGGUGGGAAGGGUUGUAAACGGAUGGUAAUGGGAAAUGGGAUCACAUGCGGGGAUAGGGCUCUUUGGAUUUCGGUUUUCGAUUGAUUGCGCUUCAAAUUGGUCUCUACCUGGUCAAAUGGGUUUGCAACUGUAUGGUUAGCUUUUAAGGCUAGAAAUGUUGGACCAAAAAGCAACACAAACCAAGAACGGGAAGGACUUUCCUGUGUAUAUCGUCUAUGGAAUUAUUAA